AUGAAUCCCUACGAAGUCGAACACAAUAUAAAAGCCUCGGCGCAGCCCGCUGGACCCCGUCGCCGCCCAUCUAUGUCCUCAUUCUUCAAUCAACUAUCUCAAAUCGAAACCUCAACUUCUACUACCGAUCCCAGUUGGCAUCAUAACAAUCCCCAUGCUGUUCCUACUCCCGUCGACGUAGCAGCCUCCUACCGUCUCCUCCAAGAUCAAUUCCUCACGCUCCGCACCAACGACCCCACAAACCGCACCACCACCGCGCCCCUCCUCGACCUCCUCAUCGACUCCAUAACCGCUCAAAUCGACGACCCACCCACGACCGUUUCCGGGUGCUCGCAAGCCUACCUCGACACCAUCGAUCGGGUAUCUCAAAAAACUAUUGGCCCUGAGGAAACCUGUCCUAUUUGCGGAGAAAAGUUCCUCGAUGAUCAGUAUUGUUUAGUCGUUGUGUUACCGUGCCAUGCGACGCAUAAGUUUGAUUUGGAAUGUGUGGGGCCGUGGUUGAGGUUGAACGGGACGUGUCCGUUGGAUCGGAAGACGGUGGGGGAUGGGGAGGAGAGGGGGAAGGAAGCUGUGAGGGAGAGGGAGAGGAUGAGGAGGGGGGUGGAGGGGUUGGGGUUUGGGGGUAGGGAGGGAGACGCUGUUGAUGGGGACACUGAGAGGAGGAGAGAGGAGGAAAGAAAGAAAAGGGAGGAGCAAGAGGAGAGCGAUGGGGAUGAUGGAAUAUGGGCCAAAAAGGACGACUACGAAAAGGUUGCAGAGCACGGCAUGAGUGAACCGAGAACUCGACCACAGGAGACCGGUGGCGAACAUGGAAUAUGA